AUGUGCACCAACAUAGUUUACGAGUGGCUGAAAGCGCUGCAGCUCCCGCAGUACGCGGAAUCCUUCGUGGAUAACGGCUACGAUGACCUGGAGGUGUGCAAGCAGAUCGGAGAUCCGGACCUGGACGCUAUCGGGGUGCUGGCGCCCGCACACCGCAGACGCAUCCUGGAGGCCGUGCGCCGGCUGCGGGAGCAGGACGCUGCCGCCGCGGGCCUCUACUUCACACUGGAGCCGCAGCCGGCGUCGCCGGGGCCUCCAGCGGACGACAUGCCCCCCUGCCGCCGGGGGGAGCCGUGCGGCGGCCCARCCCAGGGUACCUGCGGAGACCCCCGCGGCCAGACGACCGCCCCCCGGAGUAGGGAGCUGGUGAGCUACCCCAAACUGAAGCUGAAGAUCAUGAUCAGGGAUAAACUCGUUCGAGAUGGCAUCCACCUGAGCAAGCCCCCUUACUCCCGAAAGGUCCCCAUGGCUGGCAUCCUAGAGUACUUAAUGAAUUGGCCGAAGUCGUCACAGAACCGCUAGAUAUCAUUUUUGAGAACUCGUGGAGGACUGAUGAGGUGCCUGAAGACUGGAAAAGGGCAUAUUUAGAAUCUUCUUUCAAAAAGGGAAAUGGAUGGUGACCCUGGAUAUACUCAUCAGCUUAACUUUUUGCUUGGAAAAAUUCUGGAAUAAUCAACUUAGGAAACUGGGUAACUGACUUUUAAGAGCCAGAAAUAAGGUAGUGAAAUAUCACAGAUAAAUUACUGAGUUCAUUUUUUUAAAAGGCCACACCAGCAUGAGACACAGUCUUACGCACACACUGGGAUCUUCCCCUCCAUUCUGU